AACCCUCCCAUAACCGGAUGUUUUGUAUUGCCAUCCGCGUGACAGUCCAGAGAAAUUAGAUACAUUUAUCCUUUGUUGUUUCUUGUCUGUAAUAUGUUGCCGGUUAAAAAAGACUUGUGUCCAUUUGUUGAAGACAGUUUUAGUCGUUUUCCCUCGCAGAGUAACAUAUAUGGACUGUGCCAAGCAGGCGAGCAGGAGUUGCUGGCAGCGACUCUGAAGGGUAAAGUAGUGUGCUUUAGAUAUCAAGAUGUGCAGAAGAAGAUCAGACCCGUGGCCAAAGAAAUUCAGUUCACAUAUAUACCAGUUGAUGCCGAAAUUGUUUCCAUUGACGCGUUUAACAAAUCUGCCCCUAAAAGAGGACUGGUGGUAGGAGUAACGUUUAUUAAGGACUCAGGAGAUAAAGCAACACCAUUUCUUAACAUUUACUGUGAUUAUGAACCUGGUUCAGAGUUUAACCUGGAGUCUAUAGCACAAAGUUGUCUGAACUUAGAACUCCAGUUCACGCCUUUCCAGCUUUAUCACACAGAAGUUCAUUGUGGAGAUGGACCCAAAGAGACAGUAUUUCUUCUCAGUGGGCAUGAUCAAUGUAUACAUCUUUACAAAGAGAAUGCCUCUUUGCACCAGUUUGAGGAACAACCAGUAGAAAAACUCUUUCCUGAACUGCAAGAGCUACCAAGCAAUGUGUUAUGGUUAGAUGUCUUGAGUAUUGAUGAAAAUCAUCGCCUCACUGCGUUUGGAUGUCAAAAUGGUUCUGUGGGACUUUCUCUUGUCAACCAAAAGGGACCUGAUAUUCUUCAGAACUGGCGUGUUCAGCAUGACAGUCCCAUCUCGACGGUGUUACUAUUCCCUUUGCCACAGCAGCACCAGAACACUGACACAAACAAUAGCCAAAAGGAAACUUUUAAUCUCCUGGUAACCAGCGCAAUAGAAAUGGCUGUGGUUUACAGGGAUGUGGAGCAGUAUGGACUGAGCAGACAACUGUGUUUGGCUGAAAGUGACCAGUGUGAUGCAGUUCUCUGUGCUCUUGUUGUUGAUCUAGACUUUGAUGGGCAACAUGAGUUGUUGCUGGGAACAUACGGACAGGACCUGCUCUGUUACAAAUUUCCCCCAUCAAUGGGAGUCUCUGAAGAUAAGUUACAGCUGCUGUGGAGACGGAGUUUUAAAAGUCCCCUCCUAUCGCUCAUUUAUCUUGACCUGACAGGUGAUGGACUAAGAGAACUUGCUGUUCUUACCUUAAAAGGACUGCAUAUAUUACAGCACAGUCUGAGCUCAACAGCUGAUCUUGUUCUUCAACGAUUGGCCAGUUUAGUAUCAAGACUUCCUUCUACGGACCAGCCAAUCAAAAAUGAAGAAACUGAACAAGAACUUAUUUCAAUCAGUAAUGAAUCUUAAGGGCACCUAACAGACAUUUGUAAAUAAUAGGUGUUUAUUUAUUUAUCUAGAAAAUUAUGUAGGUCAUGUAAACAAAUAAUAAGAUCUGUGGUAGGUUAAGUAGUCCUGCCUGUGCCACGUUUUAGUAAUAAUGGCAGACCUUCUCUUGAAGUCAGAGGACAUCAUUGAAUGCUAAACCCAUUAACCAGACUAUUCAUUUUAUGUUGUGUGAUGUAGAAAAAGGUCUCGCACUCAAAAAGAGAUACUUUUUUGCUGCUGAAAGAUUUUAGUCAGACUUAUUCAAUCUUAUACGGUGUCUUACUGAAGUUAUUUAGCAAUGUGCCUCUUUCAUUGCAUCUUCGAAGUGUAAAUGUAACUGGAAGCGUCAUCGCAGUAUGCGUUUAAAUCUGUUUUUCUGCACAAACAAAAAAACAUUUUAUUACAUUAAGUCUUGAUGAAAGUGUUUUUUAAUUUUUGGUGUUAAAGGGAAGUUGAUAGUAUUGCUUUGUUACAUUAGAGAUACUGUAUAUUCAAUUAGAAACACAAUAUGCAUUGACUCUUUUAAAACGUCAGUAUACUGGCUCAGUUAAUAAU